GGUGGAAGCUGAUGCUAGCGACCAGUUCAAUUUCAGCAGAAGCUUACGUUGCACGCUUCUUUGUAGCAGAUUUGUAACGGAGAAUUUGUCUGUAAACAUCUAAUUUUGUUAAAAAAACAUACGUGAUUAAAAUUGUUUUCAUUUAAAAACCAUAAAAAUGAAAUUAGUGCAUAUAACCUGCAUUUUAUUGGUUACGACAAUCAACUGCAUUGCGAGUAACAAUGCUAGUACAACAGAAGAAGAAAUCAGUAAACCUACCAAUCAGCAGACAAUGCCUGUAGUUAAUGAUACUUUUCCUACUACAAAUUCCUCGAAUUCUACUACAGCAGUUAAUACUACUACUAACAAUACUACUAAGGAUACUGUUGAUUCUGUCACUAUUGUUACAAAUAAUUCUACUAUUACUACUACUCCUACUACUAUUAGUAACAAAACUACAAAUGAUAAUAUCACUACUGUGAAUCCACUAAUAUCUCAAUCUACCUUAAAACCUACAACAUCUAUUGAAAAUAUAACUAUUACCGAAAAGUCUAUAAAUAUUAUACCUACUAUAAAUUCAUCCAUCGUUUCAUCAACUCCUGUAAUUACUACAGUUCCAGUAUCAACAAAAGUUGCACCAUCUUAUAAAGAACGACAUUUUGAUGGUCUUAGCUUUUUAGGUGGCAUCAUUUUAGCUACAGGUUUAAUGGCAAUUGGUGCUCUGUCUUGGAAAUUUUAUAGAACAUUGAAUGAACAAAAUUACCGUACGCUAUGAUAUUACCAAGAUUGUCAUCGCGAAAAUUCCAUUUUUCAAUAAGUAAACACAAUCGUUCAAACUAAAAACUAUGAAUUUUACCAUAAUAAUAUUGCGUAUUUUUAUAACGCACUUAAGUGUCGCGUGGUUUAAGUGCUCUUAGUAAUGUGAUGUGCAAACGCGAAUUCCGUUUCUUUGUACCCAAUUACAAAGACGAAUUAUACGCAUUUUAAUAUUGUCUCUUUUUCUGUCUCUUUCUCUAUUUCUAUCUCUAUGACUGCGCAUUGUAAUAAUGUAUGCGUUUAUAUAUAAAGAAAGAAUAUUACGUAUAAAAAAAGGGUGGGGAGAAUAUAGAAUUUUAAGGAUGAAAGAGUAAAGAGAUAAAGAGAAUAGAAAAUAUAGUAUUACAAUGCGCACGCGUAACAUGCAUACACAAGUUGACGACCAAUCAAAUUUAACACAUUCUAUCAAAAAGAUCAAUUCUGCAAUAUAACAAGUCCACGUAAUAUUUUUUGCUCAAAUGAAAAUUAUUUCGUAAAAUAUCUUUUCUUCGUUUUAUUUAUAUACUUGUUUAUAAUUUGUUAUUCGUAAAAAACAAUGAUUAAAUUAAUAUAAGCACAAUUGAAAUGUACACAAAUAUAAAGGUUCCUAUGUGUAUAUUCAUAGUAAAAACAGAUAUCUAAAAAGAUUUAAAAAAAAUUAACUUUAAAUAAAAGAUAUACGUGGUAAAGUUAGUGAUGCGCUAUAGCGUGGUUCAUAUUUUGAUGUAAAUUCGUAUUCGUAAUAAUCAUAGUCGACUAAAUGAUACUUCCUUAUUUGCUGGCGAGAAAUAUAUUUUUUACCCAAAAACGUCCUUAUAUGUUGUUCGUAAGCAUAAAUUACAGUUGCACCUGAACAAGCCUUUAUUAAGUAACAUUGUUGAUAGGGAAUUUGUGUACGAUUUAAACAAGAGAGAAAAGUUUUCAGUUUCGAUUUUCGUACCUGUUGAGAGAGAUAAUUAUAUUACUAACAAAUAUUGAAAAUUUUGAAUACAUAAGAAAAUAUAAUGUUAAUUAAUAUUUUACGUAAUAAUCAUAAUCAUAUAAUAUAUAUUUUCAUUUAUAUUUACAUUUUUCGUUUUUUUUUUAUAUGAUUAAAAUGUAUAGUAUUUAUUAGUUUUUGUUUAUUUUUUCUCAAAGUAAAUGUUUUGUUUUAAAGAGAGUAAUUAAAUUACCAAUGUUACGAUAGCUGUACCAUAAUUGAUAACGCUGGCUCCUAAAACUCCCUCGAUAAUUCCGAAUGUACUCUCGAUAUUUUUAAUAUCGUCAGAUAAGAAAUUCAAGUAUUUACACACAGAUCGGUGAUUUUCCCACAAAAGCUCUCCUAUAAUAUACACAAUAUAAAUAUUGAAUCGAAAUUUGCAUAUAAAUGUGUAAAAAAAAAAAAGCUAAGUUGCUUUCAAAGAAAUAUGCGGUACCUAAAUAAACUAAUUUUUGAAACAUACUAAUCAAAGUUAAAAAGAUAUGACCUACUAUUAUAUAUAUAAAACAAAAUAUAUAAAUAUAUAUAUAUUUAAAAAAAAAGCUACAGCCUAAAUAAUAUAUUGUAUCUAUGUCUCAUGUAAUGUUUUAACAAUCUAUGUAAAAUAUACUUGCUUAUAUCAAUUAUAUACUAUUUGCUUAUACAA